AUGGAAAAUUCAAAAUUUAGAGAUUGGACUGCACUUGACUACGAUGUUCUUGGUGUGAUUCUCAACAAAAUGGUGUCUCUCUAUGAUUAUCUCCAAUUCAGCAUUGUAUGUAAGUCUUGGUAUUUUGUUGCAUUACGACACAAACACCAACGAUCCAUAAUUACCUCCAAGUUUCCUCAACUGCCGAUGCUCAUCGUUCCCUCGAAAGAUGGUCUUGAAAAGCAGCAUUGCUUAUACGACCCCAGAAAAAAUAGAACCCGUCCUGUUGACUUCAAAUUUUGCUUCAACAAAAGGUGUUGUGGCUCCUCUUUUGGUUGGUUGAUCAUGUGUGAAGAGACACUUGAUCUUACUUUAUUCAACCCUUUUUCUGGGACUGUGAUUUGUCUUCCUUCCAUUUUCAUAGAGGAUGAACCUGAUUAUGCCCCAGACCGCAUAGUUAAAGCUAUAUUAACCAAAGAUCCAUGGUUAUAUCCAAACGAUUAUAUGGUUGUAGCUAUCUAUAGUUCAUAUUCAAGGUUGUGCCUUAUGAGAGCAAAUGAUAAGAGUUGGACGUAUUCGUACCCAGAACCAAAUAUUCCUUUUAAGGAUAUUAAUGUUUCUAGUGAUACUUUAUAUGCUACGGAAAAUAAUAUGAUGGUUUGGAAAGUUGAAGUUAAGAAUAGAGAUGAUGAAAGUUCAUCGAUUUCUAUUUCUUUAAAGAUGGUCCACGCUAAAAGAACCAAUGAUUUCGUUGUAUCCUAUAUUACAGAGUCUUCAAAAGGAGAGCUUUUGUUAGUUUUGAGGUCAAUAUCUGAAGAGGAUUCACAAUUGGAGACUACCAAGUUUAAAGUCUACAAACUUAUUGAUGAGUGUGAAAAUGACAUGCUAAGGGCCGUAAAGUUGAAGAGUUUAGAUGGAGAUGCUAUGUUUAUCGGAGACUCUCAAUCCAUCUGUGUAUCAACUAAGUAUUUUCCUAAAUGUUUACCAAAUUGUAUAUAUUUUAUCAAUGGUUACUACAAUUAUAUUCCGAAUUUAGAACAAGAUUCAGGGAUAUUCAACCUAGAAGAUAAAAGAUUUGCGAACCAUUACAUACGAGAUCCUGCACACAAGAAUUUACCUCAACCCAUUUGGAUCAUUCCAACAAUAUGUUCCAAAGAUUUUGAAGAUUAA